UUCAGACUAAUAAUGAGAGUGUUGCAUGCGUGUCUGUGUCUAUGUGUGUGUGUGUGUUAACUCAUCUUGCCGCUAUAGAAAUGUCCCAUUAGUUUUGCAUGGCGUUUUUUGUUAAUUUCGUGCGAGUGUGUAAAGUUUGAAUUGAGAGAGAUGUUUCUGCAUCCGCGCUCUCGGCACUGCACGUUUCAAAACAUUUGAUAAUGAUAAUAUUAAUUCGUUUUCUUUGCACGUUUCAAAACAUUAAUAAUAUUAAUUCGUUUUCUUUGCUCUAGAGAGGGAAGGAAUAUAGAGAUAUCAUGAGUAUACAUACAGUGUUACUGAGGGCUCUUUCCCUUCCGGGAAACGAUCAGUGCUCUUACCCGCCUCCAGGAAUCCAAGAAGAAGAUGAAGAUGAAGAUGACCGCGAAGUGACGCAGCCCACAGACUGCAACAGCCCAGCAGAAACACCACCACAGCCGAGCAACACCACUGUCUCUCCGAGGUACCUCACAGAGGCCCUGAGGGUCGACAAAGGCCAGGACGCGAAACUGGUAUCCUGGACAACGAAGGACUUCACGUCCAAGGGCGACAACUUCGUCAGUGUCAUCACCAGCGUCAUCGUCCAGUACCAUGCCCAGGGCUCAGAGGACCUGCAGGACGAGACCUACGUCGUGAAAAUCAAGCAGGCGACUGAGAACGGUUCCGUCAGCGACUUCGACAACAUGGUCUUCAACAAAGAAGGGAAAUUCCUCUCCGAACUCCUGCCCCUGCUCAAUGCGGAACUGGCGGGCAUCGGGCACGAGUGCCUGAAGGUGCCCCGUUUCCUCCACGCCAAGUGGCUGGAGAAUCAAAACCAGCUCUUUCUGAAUGACCUGCGAGCUCUCAAAUUCAAGCUCUACGACCGCAAGAUGGGUCUAGACCCACCACACACAAGGCUCGUUCUGUGCGAGCUGGGCAGACUGCACGCCAUCUCCCACGUCCUACAGAGCAAAAGACCGAAGAGAACCCUAAACCAGGACUUUAACUUCCUGGAUUGGGAGUGGUUCACUUACUCGAAGAAGUUGAAGUCCUCCUUCGAAGUCCUCGUGUCCGGAGGACUUAUAACCGCCUCCCUGAUGGCGAAGGAAGUCGGGAAGAACAAAGCGGAGCAGUGGUUCGAGGCGAAGUCUUCGACGGGGGUAGCCAUGUUGGCUGAACAGCUAGUCUGCGAUUCGCCGAAUUUUAACGUGAUUGGUCACGGCGACUGCUGGAUUAAUAACCUGCUGUUUAAGUACGACGACAGAGGCCUUCCAAAAGAAAUCUACCUCCUCGACCUGCAGUUCGUCCGGCAGUCUUCUUUGGGCACCGACCUCAGCUACUUCUUCUUCACCAGCCUAGAGAGAACAGACAGGAGAGAGCGACUAGAGGAAAUGCUGACGACUUACUACGACUCAUUCAAGUCCAUCGUGGACGCUGCAUUGAUACCCAUGCCCUUCACGCCGGAGGAACUCCUAGAGGAGUACCAGCGUAGGACCCUCUUCGGGUUAAUCAUGAGCUCCCUGUUACUCCCGAACAUCCUCUGCGACCCAGAGGAAGUUCAGCACUUCGACGCCGGCGUCGACGGGUGUGCGGGAAGUUACAUCGAACGGAAGAGGCUGAGGAGUUUGAAAAUGCUGCAGAAUAACGGCGUCUUCAGGAAGAGAAUGGUCGAUUUAUUCGACGACAUUGAGGAACUGACGGACCUCACUUAAUACACAAAACAAAAGGAGCGGAUAAAUGCGCAAAACUGUACCGGUGACUCAGUGGAGGUUUAUUAUGCGUAUAGGUCUAGUGCCAUCAAGUAGCCGGAGAAGUGGGUUUGUGUGUUUAUUUUCCUCUUGAGGUCCUUAGACAGACAAAGACCACAUGUCUCGCACGCCUCUUGUCACUUUGGCGGUUCUGAAGGCCGCUCAAGGGGCACCUAGUCAGUUUUAUGGCAUAAAUAUGAUUUGGUUCUUUGGCUAAAGUAGUGAUGGCCUACGAAAACCAGCGUUUGUGUGUGUGUCCCAACAGGGAAAUAAACUAGUCAUGAAUAUUUUAGCGUUUCAAUACUGUUA